GGCGGCAGAGUGGGAAAGAAGCAGCACAGUAAGGAUAGGAUGUUCAUCGCACCCCCUUCAAGCAACUUCCUUUCUGUUGCUGUGCGUAACUACUCUCCCUCUAACUCUCCCUAAACUUCCUCCUUUUACGUUAAUUGUCUCUUCACCUUAUACUUUCUUAACAAUUGAGGCCUUCAUUUACUCCGUUUGAAUAUCCGGUGUGCACAACUGAUGGGAGUAUAUGAUAAAUUGGGUUUGAAAAUUUACUGGAACAUAAUCCCGUGCAAAUUGUGAGUUACUUGUUUGUUGAGGGUCCUUAAAAAGGAGAACUCAAAGUUAUUAACUGCCUCUGCAGUGUUUCUUCCAAUUCACCCAAUGAUGGUUUCAGUUAUUCAGACUAGGAUGAUGGAGGUAACAUGUUUGUGAACUUUGUCCUUAAAUUUUAAAUGUUGAAUGCUUUAGGGUUUAUUUAAAUAUAGCAUCCAUGUCACCACCUUAAUAUUUAAUAUAAAGAAAUUAAUUGUUGGAUUAGAAUCAGUCUUCUUUAAUUGUUUUUGUAGCAAAAUCUGAAUAAAUAUAAUAAACUACAUGAACUAUAUAUGAAUUAUACGAGAACCAAAAAAGUUAUUUAACAUUUUUUGCAUUUUGGUUAAUAUGAGGACGUUAAACUUUGAUGAAAUUUCCCAAAGGCUAUCUUGCAAAUCUUGAUUUGGCUCAACAAAACCUUUUGGAGACUUGGGAUGGCACCUUCUUUUAGGGAGUGGCUCACACCCUUUUGACACAAGCAUUUGUGCAAACACCCCAUCUGCAAGGCAUUCACCUCCUAUGUCAUAUGACAUGUAUUAGUUCAACUCAUCUUGGAACCUCAAACAGGGCAUUCACCUCCUAUGUCAUAUGACAUGUAUUGGUUCAACUCAUCUUGGAACCUCAAACACACCGCACCAAUCGGAGAAUGAAUCUCAUCUGAUCCUAUCCAUUGCGAGUAUCUGAAAGGGAGCUUGUAAGAGGCAAGUGCAAGAUUAAGCUCUUCAUUCGAAGACCUUUCGCCAUUGUUGUUUCUAGAAUAUUGCUUGUCUUGUUGGCGCGUUGUAAGAUCAAUGAGCAAUGCUUGGACAAGAAGGUUAGUUGAGUUGAGCCGAUGGUGAAACUCGGACAAAAGUGAAUGGCUAGCAGCAAGUUGAGAUUUUGUGGUGUUGAGUUCUUGCAAGAUUUAGUUAAAGUUAUUAUUAUGAUGAGGAGGAUGAUGAUACAAAGAGCUAAAUGGGCCAGUAACAAUGUAUAUGGUGAUAAGCCAUCUUGGGAAGAAUAACUUCUCAGGAGAAGUUCCUUCUCAACUUUUUAGCUCAGGAACGCCUCUCAUGCAUCUGCUUCUCGAUAGCAAUCAGCUAACCGGCGAGAUUCCGGAUACAAUUGGACUUGUUCAGAAUCUAACUUUGAUAUGCUUUGAAAACAAUACAUUAAGAGGAUUGGUGCCUCAGAGCCUCAACAACCUUACCAAUGUUGCAGACCUGAUAUUGUGCAACAAUAAGCUGGAAGGUCCCCUGCCAAAUCUUACUGGAAUGAGCUCCCUGAAAUACUUGGAUUUGAGCAGCAAUGCCUUUGAUAGCACAGAUUUUCCACAAUGGCUUUUGACUAUGAAGAAUUUAACAACAUUACGGAUGCAGGAGGCAAACCCGUCUGGCCGAAUACCUGAUGGUUUCUUUAGCCUUCCCUCUUUGCAAUAUGUGGUGCUAAAUGAGAAUCAACUUAAUGGAACACUGAAUCUUGGCCCCAACUAUAGCAAAAAGUUGCAACUUAUUGACUUGCACUCGAACUCAAUUGGGGAGUUACGCAGCAAAAUCAACUGCCUAAUUUCAUCAUAGUGUAAGCUAAUAAAGCAACCAACAAAUUAUCAAUCGCAGGCUUGAAAGUAAUCCAAUUUGUUAUGAAACUGGAACUACCGAAACUUUCUGCAAACCUUUACAAAUCUCAGAUGGAAAUCCACAAAACAAAUGUCCAGCUUCUGGUUGCAGCUCUGAUAAGAGUCUCAGUCCCAUGUGCCACUGUGCCUAUCCAUACACUGGUACUGUAACUUACAAAGCACCUUCCCUUUAUGACUGGAGAAACAACACUUCAAUAGAGACAGAUAUCAAGCAAGCUCUUCAAUCCGGUGGUCUACAUGUGGAAUCAGUAGUUUCAAGCACUCUAGAUUCCAAUCCAUUUGAGUGUUUUGAUUUUAUUAUCAAAAUCUUCCCAUUAAACAAGGAUAGUUUCAGCCAGAGUGAAAUUUAUCAGAUGAGUCUUGUGCUUCUUAACCUCAGUGCUUAUAGACUAUAUGAUUUUUACCCUGACAAAAUCGGUAACUUACUAUCCUUCGAAUCGAAUUGCUUUUCAUUGACUAGUGUAGAGGAAUCAUCAACUCUUGUUAUGUUUUGGACUUAACUUAUUUUUUGUAUUUCUUUGUCAUGAUCAAGAGCCUAAGCAGUUGAGUAACUCAUCAAACACUGCAUUGUUGAUUGGAGUGGCAGUUGGUGGUUCUUUUGUCCUUGUGCUAUUACUACGUGCAGGUGUUUAUGCUUUCCGCCAGAAGCUAAGAGCAGAAAGAGCGAUUUCUCGAAACAAUACCUUUGGUAGUUUUUAAUGAUGAAUGUCUUUUUGUGUCUUCUUAUUAGUGUCUUAACAAUCAAACAUACUACAUGUAUUCAUGAGCAUUUGUGUUAACAGUACUAAUAAUAUUUCAAGAAAAAUUUAGAUUGUGUUGAUUUAGAUGCUAUGGAUUUGAUUUGUAAA